AUGAGGAACACCCAGGAGUGGGCCGCCGAACAAUGGAGAAGUACACUGAAGACGAAACUGAGAGGUGGCCAAGUCGGAACUAAACGCUGGUGGAACCUGGUUAAGGAGCAGCAGGGUGCAUCGCGGGAAGGCACCGUCCCUCCCCUCCGUAGGAAGGAUGGCAGCGUGGCUCACACCGCCCGAGACAAGGCGAACCUCCUGGCCAGACACUUCUCAGAGAAAAUGAACAUCUCUGAUCCGGGCAGAGCACCUCCAACUCUGCCUGCAGUGACAAAAAAUAAGUUACUGGCAGUGAUGACAAGUAAGAGUGAAGUGAAAAAAUUGCUCUACUCAUUGGAUGAGAGUAAGGCAGUGGGGCCGGACUACAUCAGUCCCCGCCUGCUCCGUCAGUGUGCCGGGGAGCUGGCGCGCCCACUGACAUCUCUCUUCAACCAUUGUCUACGGAGCAGCAGAUGGCCCAAAGUCUGGAAAAUCAGCAAGGUUGUUCCGAUCCAUAAGAAAAAUUCUAAAAGUGAGGUGAAAAACUACCGCCCUGUGUCUCUGCUGCCCGUGCUCAGUAAGGUGCUGGAAAGCAUCGUGGCUAUGAGAAUGACGGAGCACCUUGAGCGCCAUCACUUGCUGUGCAGCAGACAGUACGGGUUCCGACAAGGUGUCGAGGGGCCUCUUCUCCAGCUCUUCACCGACUACCUGAGGGAGAAACAUCUGAAAGUUGUGCUCAGCGGCAGAGUCGGAAACGACAUCACCCUGACGCACAGCUACGAGGCAGGGGAAGAGGCUCGCUCCACAGCUGAACUCAACAACACUCUGAACCGCAUCGUAGCCUGGGGCAAUAAGUGGCAGGUGAAAUUUGCCCCUAACAAGGCUCAGCUGCUUACUGUCUCCAGGUCAGGGGAGCCUCUAUCCCUGGUCUUCGAAGGAAAGGCACUGGCGUCCCAGGAGGAAGUGGAAAUUUUGGGGGUUACCUACGACAGGAAGCUGACCUUCAAAUCCCACAUCGAGCGACUCGCCAGAGAGGCUUCAGGCAAGCUGGCAUCCCUGAGAAGGAUGUCAUGGGUGCUUGACGGCGAGGGGCUUCAGACUCUUUAUAAGGCGCAGUUUCGCUCGUCCCUGGAGUACGCAUGCCUCGCGUGGGGCGGCGCGGCACGCAAACACCUCGCCCUCCUCGACAAGGUCCAGGGCCGUGCAGAGAGGUUGAUCAGGGAAAGCAGAAGAGCGCAACAACAUCCAGGACUCUGCAGUCUUCAGCACCGCCGCGAUGUGGCGGGCCUCACGGUGAUGUUCAAGAUACAUCAGCAGCGGGUCCAUCACCUUCAGCCUCUCAGGCAGCCCCUUCGGCGGGCACAGGUGGACACAAGAUCAGUCUCCCGAGCUCCCGCCGAACUUUUACAGCCCCGCUGCAGAACGUGGCACCACCAGAGGCAAUUCAUUAACACUUAUGUAACCUGGUGGAAUGGACUGCUUGCUUCACAGCCACGCCUGGACAACAUGACGGCACAGAGCUUCAAGGAGCUGGUGAACGCGUGGCUGCCGUCAUGA